GGACUUGUCGCGGGAUUACAACUUAAGUUGGCUGACACAUAUUUUGUGUAAUACGUGGGAUGGUUUAUGAAUUACCCUCUUAUCUAUAUUGUGAAUGUGAAUUUGGUGGGAAAAUAUAUGAUACAGCUUUUUAUCUGGAAAAUUCUACCCAAUUAAAGCUAGAGUUAGCUGACCGCAUCACAAACGAGGAGUGGCACAGUACUCUUACAGAUUCAUUUGUCGAAGAACUAACCAGAAAAACUGGAAACUUUAAAAGGUUUGACAUAUUUUGCUCAAUGGUGCAAUCAGCUUUAUCUAAGGUUCGUGUAUCUUCUCAUGACCUAGCUUUAGCGUUCGAGUUUCCUCAAGCUAGAUCUCCUAAAUUAUGAGGAUUUGAAUGAAAUUAGAAAAAUGAAGAUAUUGAAUGAUUGUCUUCCUCCACGGUGUCCUGUCACAGUCAGUGGUAAUAGGCGGUAUUUAAUCUUAUCUUAUACCACUGAAUUCGACAAAAUUCAUUACCCUAUACCGAUGAUGUUUGUUGGUUGUCCAACCCCCGAUGUCUAUAGAAACACGAUACAUAAAUUACGGGCCAAGUUAUUUAGUGUUCAAUCAACUAUGGUAACUUAAAAGAUAAAAUCUUACAGUUGCAGAGCUUUUCUGAACAGCAGCUUGAUAUCAGCGGAACUUGCGAAGCUAUUUCAAAAAUAUCCAGGCUACAAUCAGAAAAUAUGGCUUUAAGACAGGAGCUUCUUUGGGUCAAAGAGUCUUUAAAUGAAGUGAAAUCCUGUCACCAAACCCUCCUUAGCAAUAAUUCUUGUGGGUUUUUUGACAAGGCAAAACCUAUGGAACUUAGGAAAUUCGUAAACAAUUUAGAGACAGAGCUCUAUGAAGUGAGAUCUAAAGCUUCGCGCCAAAUGGUUGAAUAUACCCGCAAAAUAGCUCGACUGCAAUCAGAUUUGGAAGUUUCAGCAAUAAACCAAAGGGGUAUGCGUCGUAAAAUCGACCAGUUAUCUGAAGAACUAUACUUUCUUAAGGGUGGCUCAUUACACAGAAAGCCUGGCAGUUCAGCGUCAGUCAUUCACAGAAUAAACAAUGAAGUGGACCAAGUGAGUCGUGCCAACCGAUCGAAUGUCUUACCACGUCGGAAAAGCCAAGAACCAGUCUUUACACUUUUGAAUUCCAAGACGAACAUAGGCAGGCGUAGAGCGGGUAGUGCAAGUCCAACAAUUAAUCGAUUACUUUCAUGUGAAUCUAGUAAUAUUAGCAAUAUCUGCUCCAUUCCGUCGAAUAAACCUUUUAUUUCUUAUAGACAGCGAACAAACUCUCUAGAUCGAGCAUUAUCAGGUAAUCGACGAUUUAAUCCAACGGCUUACAUUCAAGAGAGAGAGAAGAAACGGGAAGAGAAUGCGCUGAAACGCAAGUUAGCACAACGGCAAUCAUUAGAUGGUGCAAUUUUAUACCAACGAACUAGAUCCUCAUCGUGUGCAGAUAAUCGAUAUAAUUCCAAUGAGAGAAACAUCAGUUCUAUUCAAGUUACUCGUACUUCUGGAGCUACCUCACCUGCUUUAUCUACAUGUGAGUCUGGUUUAGAGUGUACUACUAAAAAACCCUAUCCUAAAAUCAAAACUAAAUAUAACAGCAUUCGUCAUCCAUCAGGUUGUACUUAUGGAUUUAAUCGUUCAAACACUUGUUCACCUCAUCCUUCAGUCUUACAACCUUCUCGUUCUCCUACCAAUGGUUAUUAUUCAUCUAGUUCUCCAGAACGAGCGAGUAUAAAUCAGAAUUCCACUUCAAAAAAGCCCAAUAAUUCGAGAUUGCUUGCUCCACUGAAUGAUAUUUGCACCUCUAGAUCUUCAAGUUCACGAUCAAUUGUAAAAAGUCCUUCCUUAUUUGAGCGUCAUCAAGUUUACAAUGAAAGGGAUUCUGAUCUUAGUGUAUGCUCUGGCAGGCUAUCUCGUCAAUCUCAACCAAGUAACCGAAACAUUUAUACUAAAAAAGAGAAAACAAUUCAUGAUACUGAUGCAGAAUUAGAUGAAAUCGAUCAUCGUCUAAAUGUACUUCAGGGAUUUUUUGAAAAAUAUCUAGUGAAUUCAUAGUAUUCUUUCUCUUUUUUUUAAAAAAAAAGAACAUUUGUAUGACUAAGGUUUUUUAUACUUAAUAUUUAUUAUUCAUUUUUCCGCUUAAAUUUUUGUUUGUCUUCAAGUUCUUCGAGUAUUAAUUUUAGUAGUUACAUAAUAAGAAUAGAUACUUGUUUCACAAAUGCAAUAGGCCUUAAUUGACUGAUCCCGGUGAUCUAAAACAAAACUGUACAUUACAUUUUGUGCUAAUUGCAUAUAUCUGUUCAUGAGUGAGUAAGACAAUGGUAGUACUUCACUUGAUCUUCGUAUAUGUAUCUUCACUAUUCUUGCAAAUACAUUUCCUGUGGUAU